GAGUUUUUCAAAAGCUACUGAUCAAACAGUUCCGUGGCACGCACGUUUUGAAAGCGACUUUGAAAACAAAAGGCCAAAGGGAUAACAAAAACAGUUUAAACAAUCGGAUCCUACGACGACUAGCCACCAACAACCUUCAUUGAUUAUUUUAUUCACAGAAACAGAGUUUUAUUCAUAUCUUUUUAUGGGCAUCAUUGAUUCAUUAUCCCAUGUGAUAUAGGUAUAGUGGGAGUUUUAUAUACAAACAAAAUCAAAGCUUGAAUAUUCUAUUUAUGGAAAUGCCUGAUCAGUCCCCCGUUGUGGGGUCUUGAGUCUUUUUGAGUUUGGAGUUCGGACAGUGCAAGUGACCGCACCAGAUCCGUUAUAGAUGCUGACGGACCCUGUCUUGUCCUUUCGCUUUUGUAGCUUCCGAGGAUUCUUUUCUUUCAUUCAUGCUUCCAAGACUUGGUGCUCCUAUUCGAUCCAGGCCUCUUUUUCACAGACAUUUGGAAGCCAUGAACAUGAGGACAAGAAAGAUUUUUGGGGUUUCUCUCUCUCUCAUUCUCAUCAAUUUGGCUGCCAUAAUGGAGCGUGCUGAUGAGAAUCUCCUCCCAUCUGUUUACAAAGAAGUCAGUGAAGCUUUCAAUGCUGGGCCAUCUGACCUGGGGUAUCUUACAUUCAUAAGGAACUUUGUGCAGGGACUUGCAUCACCCUUGGCAGGAGUACUCGUUAUAAACCAUGAUCGCCCUACAGUUCUUGCAAUGGGCACUUUCUGCUGGGCCCUAUCAACUGCUGCAGUGGGUGCUAGCCAGCUUUUUCUUCAAGUUGCAUUCUGGAGAGCAAUAAAUGGCUUUGGUUUGGCGAUUGUGAUACCGGCACUCCAGUCCUUCAUUGCUGAUAGCUAUAUGGAUGGUGUGAGGGGAACAGGAUUUGGACUGCUAAGCCUUGUGGGUUCCUUGGGUGGCAUAGGAGGCGGUGUUCUAGCAACAAUUAUGGCUGGUCACCAAUACUGGGGUGUGCCUGGAUGGCGUUUUGCCUUUAUUCUGAUGGCAGCAUUGAGUUCACUAAUUGGGUUCCUUGUUUUCUUGUUUGUGGUAGACCCUAGAAAAACAGUUAGCAUCAAUCAUGAUACGGGAGAGGCUGAAGAAAAGAAGGUUUUGACGGAAAAGGGCAAUGCUAUUAGCACGGCAUCAUUUUGGCGAGAGUCUUGGAUGGCAAUGAAAAGUGUUAUGAAAGUGCAAACAUUUCAGGUCAUCGUCUUGCAGGGCAUUGUUGGGUCGCUACCAUGGACUGCCAUGGUGUUCUUCACUAUGUGGUUUGAACUAAUAGGUUUUGAUCAUAAUGGUACAGCAACCCUCCUUAGUCUUUUUGCUAUGGGAUGUGCUCUGGGAUCACUCCUUGGUGGUCUAAUUGCAGAUAAAUUAUCUCAAAUCUGGCCCCACUCAGGUCGUAUCAUGUGUGCGCAGUUCAGUGCCUUCAUGGGCAUCCCAUUCUCAUUGUUCCUACUUAGAGUGAUCCCACAGUCAGUAAGCAGCUAUUAUACCUUUGCUACCACCCUCUUUCUAAUGGGUCUAACCAUUAGCUGGAAUGGCUGUGCUGUAAAUGCCCCCGUGUUUGCUGAGGUGGUUCCUGCUAAACACAGGACUAUGAUUUAUGCAUUUGAUCGUGCUUUUGAAGGAUCAUUCUCUUCUGUUGCUGCUCCCUUGGUUGGAAUUAUAUCAGAAAAGAUAUAUGGCUAUGAUUCAAAAUCCGUGGAUCCAGUAGGAGGAUCUGCACCAGAGGCUUUGGCAUUGUCUAAGGGACUUCUCUCGAUGAUGGCCGUACCAUUUGGUUUGUGUUGCUUGUUUUACACACCUUUGUAUUAUAUUUUUAGGCGGGACCGUGAAAAUGCUAGACUGGCCACUUUGAAAGAGGAAGAUAUGACACGAGAAGUGUCAAUGUAGGACUCAUGACUUUCAAGAUUAGGAAAUUUUCUCAAGAGUUGGAAUUCAAAUUGUCUUUUAAAAUAAACUACACAAGAUGGACUUUCAACUUCAAAAGAUGAUCCUUUUUGGCUUUAAUGAGAAAAUUAUGCAUAAUUCAGUUUCUUUUUCAUACAA